UUUUCUCUUCAUCGUUUUUAUUAUCAAACCCCAAUAUAGCAUAAUUCAACAGCCAUGGCAUGCAAAGCUUGCGGAGGAACAGACAUCGAGCACGACACAUCCAAGGGCAUGUCGUACUGUACGGCAUGUGGUGAGGUGUGCGAGGAGAACACAAUUGUGGCCGAGGUGACGUUUGGCGAGUCAUCAAGCGGUGCAGCUAUCGUCCAGGGAUCAUUUAUUCGUGCUGGCCAGACGCGUGCGGCGAUGGGUGGGCCAGGUCCGGUUCGGCAGUGGCCAGGAGUCGCGCGAAAUGACCCUGUUGACAUCGCGGCGGCGGCUGAUACGUCUGGCGACGGCGGUUGGGCUGUCCGAGCACUUUGUCGAUUCGGCGCAGCGGUACUUCACACUGGCACUAAAUCUGAAUUUUACGCGCGGGCGGCGGGCAGCAUAUGUGUCAGCAGCAUGCCUGUAUAUUGUGUGUCGCAUGGAAAAGACGAGCCAGAUGCUGAUCGAUUUCUCAGACAUUCUGCAAGCCAGCGUGUUCAAGCUGGGUGCAAUCUUUGCCAAGCUGGUCCAGGCGCUAAACCUGCAGGUCCCGCUAGUGGAUCCCUCUCUGUACAUUUCGCGGUUUGCGGCCAUGCUGGAGUUUGGCGAUAAGACUCAGGCAGUCUGCAUGGACGCGAUCCGGCUUGUGCAGCGUAUGGACCGCGACUGGAUCCGCACUGGUCGGCGGCCAGCGGGAAUCUGUGGUGCGUGUCUGCUUGUGGCCGCACGCAUGCACAAUUUCCGGCGCACGCAGCUUGAAAUCAUCCGGGUGGUCAAGGUAGCUGAUGCCACGCUGCGGCGGCGGCUCGCCGAGUUCCGUAGCACACCGUCAGGCGACCUAACAGUGGCGGACUUCCGCAGUCUGUGGCUCGAGCAGUCAGCAGAUCCACCAGCCUUCACGCGCAGCAGGAUCAAGGCGCGGCAACACCAGGAGCAGCAGCGGUCUGCUGAGGGUGAGGAGGCAGCAGGCAUUUUGCACCAGCUGCGGCGUGGCUCGAAUGCGGGCAGCGAGCAAGUCCAGGACAUGGAUGAGCUUCCUGACGAUUACGACAUAGUAGUGAACGAGGCGAUCUCGAAUGAGCUGGACAUGUACCUGAACGACAGCAAUCUGCAAUUUAUCAACGCCAGCACUUGGACAGAUAUUGACGACGACGAGGUGCGAAAUAUCAUACUGAAUGACGCCGAGGUGCAGAUGAAGACUGAGAUCUGGGAUGCAGAGAACAAGCAGUUUGUGGAGGACCGCGAGCGGAAGCGCAAGGCGCGCGAGGCCGAGAAGGGCAGCAAGCGGCGGCGGAAGUCUGUGCGCAAGCGUGUGGCAGAGCCCGGCGCCACGGCGCUCGAGUCGACGCAGAACCUUCUGAAUAUGCGCCGGUUGUCAAAGAAAAUCAACUACGACGUGCUCAAGAAUCUGCUGGAGCCGGAUGGUCCCAAGCCAACGGUCGAGCCGACACAUCUGAGCAUGAUUCCGUCGGGCGCGCCCUCGCGCAUGAUCUCAGUGGCCGCCACGCCUAUUGCUGGCUCCGGAUACGCCACGCCAACCAUGGAGUUGGAGUAUAACAGCGACUCGCUGAAUGGUCUGCCAGAUGCACUGGCCAAAGUCAACGGCGACCAUAUGGAUACCAUUGUUAUUGAGCAAGGAAAGGAGGAUUUGGCGGUGGCAACGGGCACGACAGCGGCUGACAUUGAGGACGACGACGACGAUGAUGAGGAGGACUUUGAGGACGAUGCGGGAGCUGCUGUCUUUAACGACGACGACGGCGAAUACUAGUUUUAUUAAUUGAUACACUAUGAUCUGGAUAAUGCCUGUCUUUGGGUAGCCGAAAGAAUGCGGCGCAUUGGCCACAUAGAUGCGCUGCACCCAUGUGGCAUGUUUCUUGGGAUUGGUGGCCAAAUGAGCUAUAGCGCAUUGAGCACCAAGAUGGUUGCCGAAAGUGGCCGGCUGCUUUAGUCUGCCCAUUUACGGCCACGCCACUCCUC